UCUUCCACUAAAGUAUGGAAGGAGUCUUGAAAACUUCCCCCACUCCCCUCACUCUCUCAAAUUCCUCUUAGUAACGUUUAACAUUCAAAGCCGUUACUUUCUAUUUCUUCGUUCCUUUUUUUGAAUUUUCUCGCAUUCAAUUCUAUUUAUAUCACACGAUUUGUAAUAGUACCAGAAUCUGAAUUUGUACAGUCCCACCCAACCCCACAACCCCACUACCAGUUUUCUCCAAAAACAUCAUCUUUUUAAGGUUUCUCUGAAUUUAAACCGUUUUUCAUGUCUCUAUGGAAAACAUACCAGUUAUGUUGGACAUAGCCUUAGAAGAAGACGAUGAACAGAAGCGACGACAACACUGUUGUUUGUACAAGGAAAGUGAAGUUAGUAUCGGUUCUGAUUGGGUAAAGCAGUUUUUGGAUAUGUCGGAUGAAGAAUUAACCGAGGUUGUUUCGUCAGGUGAAGUGAGUAAACCUAAUGUAGACGAUGAUGAUGACUGUGUGAUUCUUGAUGGUGACCCAGAAAAGCAAGUUACACAUGUCAAUGAUUCUCCUAAUGGGUCUGAUGAGUUGCUUGUAGUUGGGGAAAAGGGUCAGGUUGCAUGCAGAGACUAUCCUCAUCCGCGGCAUCUUUGUGCUACUUUUCCUUAUUCUUCAACCCCUCACGAGAGAUACUGUGCCCAGUGCCACUGUUAUGUGUGUGACUCUCCAGCACCGUGUCUGAAAUGGGGCAAUGGCCUUUUAACUACAGAUCAUUGUCAUGCGACUGAUAAAUAUGAGACAUGGAAAACUCUGAGAAAAGAUUCCAAGCUUGUUAAGAAUGUUCCAUUGCCAGCUUCAACCAACAAUGGUACUUUAGGUAAUGUUGUGAAUUCUCAACAUAACUAUAUUUUGCCGUUUGAUAACGCGCCUCUGUCUUCAAGGACAGCGGCAUUGCGUACUCGCUCAGUAAAUCUUACUCCUCAAAAUCAGUCCACGCGUCUGUCUUCAAAUUCCAUGUUAAUUAAUCAGGCGUCAAGGCCAAUGGCAUUGCAUACACCUCCAGUAAAUCUCACUUCUCAAAAUCAGGCCUCUCGUCUGAUAACCAUGAAUGUGUGCUCUUCACAAAGGUCUAGAUUACAGAAUAACGCCUUGAGGUCAACUGAAAUGCAUCCACUCUCGGGAAAUCUGGCACCUCAAAAUCAGGCCUCUCAGCCGAUUAGAAUGAAUGCAAUCAAUGCAUUGUCCUCACUAAGUUCUAGAUUACAUAAUCAAGCACGGCCACUCUCAGAGAAUCUCGUACCUCAGAAUCAGGCCUCUCGGCUGAUUACAAUGAAGCUAAAUUCUAGAUUACAGAAUCAGAUAUCCAGGUCAAAUAAUGUCCUUGGAUGCUCUACAGAUUCCAACUUAACAAUCCCAAAUGGCACAAACAACAGUAGAUAUCAAGAACCCGGAACUACAUUGGGGAGAAACAGAUAUCCUUUGCACACUGCUCCAAGAAUGUCUCUAGGUAUACAAAGUCACGUCAUCCAAAAGAAGCCAGGGCAAAGAGUCAACAGAAUAGACAGCAUUGGCAUUGGGAACACCGCCGCAACGAACUGCAUUACACCUCUUGGUGCAUCUGGCUUCAUCAAUCAUGUCAAUCCGCUGUAUGGUGAUAGAAAUCAUGCUUCUGCAACAGGAUUUUCAAACAGUUAUGCACAAAAUAAUGAUGUUUUGAUUGCCCAAGCAAUUAAUUUAUUGCUCACACAACCAAACCAUAGUCCAGCAUAUGAAACCCAACCAUGUUAUCGGUCAAAUGAUAACUCGAGUCCUUAUGGAUAUUGUGAUAUUCAGGCUAAUGAUUCUCUUUCGAGUUACGUGGCUCGCCUGAACAAAAAUGAGCAUGAAAUUGGAGAUGAAAAUGAAAAUAUCAUCAAUAGUGGAGCUAGAGUGCAAAAUGUUUUCCAACAGAAACCUGAUGGUGGGAUUGAAAAUGAAGGUUUCCUAGCUAAAGAGUCAAAUACUAAUGAAAACAUUUCUUAUGUUGAAAACUUAGUAUCUAAUGCUAAGGAAUGUAGUACUCCAUUUUCUGGAAAUACUCACCUGUCAUUGGAUGAGAUCAAGCACUGGCUUCUUGAUUCCAAUUAAUGUAGAUGUUGCUUUACUUUCUCAACAGAAUAUAUAUCAUGACCUGAUUUCAGUUCUAGUGGCUAA